AUGUGUCCGUCGAAAACGCUCGUCUUCCUCAUUUUAUCUAUCGUUGUGAUAGACCACCUUCCUGUCUCAAGCUCGACGAUAAGAAACCUUAAGGAGACUCAAUGGUGUGUGAUAUCUUUGUCCGCGACGGAUGAACAAAUGCAAGCUAAUAUUGAUUGGGGGUGUAGCCAAGGAAAAGUUGACUGUAGACCGAUCCGACCGGGUGGAGCCUGCUUUGAACCAAACAAUCUUAGAAACCAUGCAUCGUUUGUGAUGAAUGAGUAUUACCAAAGUCACCACCGCACAGAAGAAGCGUGCGACUUCAACGGUACUGGUAUAUAUAUUAUUACCGAUCCAAGUUAUGGUGAUUGUGUGUAUGUUUCUUAA